CACAUACAGACAUGCGCAUUGACGUCAAGCUGUUAGCUUCCCAACGACAUGUUUAUUGUUCGAGCAGCACUACAAUGUCCUAGGCUUGUGUUUAAGUUUGACUAGUCCAAUAACCCUCAUAGUUAUCUGUUCCUAAUAUAUAGGUUACAAUUUGCAGACAAGUAUUGCACGAGAAGGACAAAUCAGCUCGUGAGGGGCCACACUGACAACCAAGGAAGUAUCUAUCUUAAAGGCACAGCCCCAGUAUCUGGCACCACCAUCACAAUAAUAGACUAGCUGAUUACAUAAGCGUGUGACCAACUGUAAAGUUGAAGAUCAUCACUUAGGAGAGCCUCAUCAGAGCCGAAAGUACAACAAAGAUGGGGAACAGUGCAAUCAAAGCCCAUCUGGAAAAUUCACAGAAGACUGGGAUCUUUCAGCUGACAGGGAAAGGUCUCCCUGAGUUCCCUGAGGAGCUCCAGAGGUUAACUGGAAACCUACGGACUGUAGAUCUGUCUUCCAACAAGAUUGAAGUGCUGCCUCCCGCCAUAGGAAACUUCCUUCAGAUGAAGAGUCUGACUUUAAAUUGUAAUAAACUCACAAGUCUCCCAGAUGAAAUUGGGAAGCUUAAGAAACUAGAGACCCUCUUGCUGAACGGGAACCAACUGACGCAGCUCCCUAGCGGUGUAGGACAGUUGAAAGCGUUGCGCACACUCAGCCUGUCUGGGAACAAGUUCCGGGAGUUUCCUGGCGGCCUUGGCUCCCUACGACACCUGGAUGUCCUGGACCUGUCCAAGAACCACAUCCAGGCUGUGCCUGCUGAGGUAGCGGCCCUGCAGGCCAUCGAGAUCAAUCUCAACCAGAACCAGAUUUCAGUGGUGUCUGCGGAGGUGUCCACCUGCCAGAGGCUAAAGGUGCUGAGACUGGAGGAGAACUGUCUAGAGCUUGCCUCCAUCCCUGUGUCCAUCCUCACCAGCUCCCAGGUGUCUCUGCUCUCUGUGGAGGGCAACCUGUUCGAGGUGAAAAAUAUGCGGGACCUGGAAGGGUAUGAGAAGUACAUGGAGCGCUUCACUGCAACCAAGAAGAAGUUUGCCUGAAGAAUAGAGAGGGAGCAUCCCCCUGAGUCCAGCUUGUGCACUACACCCAAGCACCCUCCCUAGUGGUUGUCUUACUACAGUAUAUAUGGCUUCUGCACUACAGCAACAGGUU